AUGGUCUCCAGAGACUUCCACUUGAGUUCAUUACAAUCACCCGCACCAAACCCAGAACGCAGCGAUAGCGAAGAGAGACAGUGUAAGCGAUUGAAACCAGAUCAAGGUAGUUCAUAUACCCACAGAUCAGUACUAUCUCAGCUGCGUCCUUCAUAUGAAUCUUUUAAAACUCCCAAGUCUUAUGACACAUCUAAGCUCCCCUCUGGGUGGUUGGAUUGCUCAUCGUUUGGUGAAGAGCUAGAUUGCAUGAUACCUUCUAAAAUGCCACUAGGUGAAUCCUACAAUGUCUUUGUUCCUCAUGGUAAGAGAUACUCAUUCAAGCAAGUGAUUGAGGCACAGAGAUGUCGGCGAAGAAAACUCGGUUUGGUUAUCGAUUUGACCAACACAACUCAUUACUAUCGGACGUGUGAUUUGGUGAAAAUGGGUAUCAAGCAUGUCAGGAUUCCAUGCAAUGGCCGGAAUUCUGUACCGGACAACUUUUCGGUGAAUCGUUUCGUAUACGAGGUUAUGCGAUUCAAAGAGUACUACCCAGAGAAGUAUAUCCUUGUGCAUUGUACACAUGGACACAAUCGCACAGGGUACAUGAUCAUACAUUACUUGAUGCGCACGCAACCAAUGAGGACGGUCACUCAAGCAAUAAAAGAUUUUGCUCAAGCGCGUCCUCCGGGAAUAUAUAAACCUGACUACAUCAAUGCAUUGUACUCAUUCUAUCAUGAAAUGAAGCCUGUGGAAUUUGUUUGCCCACCUUCUCCUGAGUGGAAGAGAUCUUCGGAAUUUGUGCCAGACGACAAUGAUCAAAUUUUGAAAAAUAGUCAUCAGGAUAGGGAUACAGAUGGUGUAGUAAUAACUAAUGAUGAUAUCCUGGGUGACGAUAUACCUGAUGACCAGCAAGAGGAACUGCGGAGGUUGUGCUACAAACUUCUUAAGGCCUUUCCCAGGGUAAGAGGAAGAUGGCAAUUCCCAGGGUCACACCCAGUUUCUCUUAACUGGGAGAAUCUACAGUUGUUGAGGCAACAGUCUUACUAUGCCACUUGGAAAGCUGAUGGAACCCGUUAUAUGAUGUUAAUAACUAUACAUGGAUGUUACUUGAUUGAUAGAAGCUUCAAUUUUAGGAGGGUUCAAAUGAGGUUUCCCCGCAAACACUUAAAUGGUUCUACUGAGAAGAGUACUCACCACUGCACGUUACUAGACGGGGAGAUGGUGAUCGAUACUGAGCACCUGCCAGGUCCACAGAAGAAGCAGACCAGAAGAUACCUUGUUUAUGAUAUGAUGGCACUCAACAACGGUUCUGUGGUAGAGUGGCCUUUUCAGGAGCGGUCGAAGAAGAUUGAGGAGCAAGUAAUUGAGCCUCGGACUAAUGACCAGCGCCGAGUUUUCGAAAGUAGGAGCAAUAAUCCUGACUACAGAUAUGACUUGGAACCAUUCAGGGUGAGGAUGAAGGGCUUUUGGCCACUCUCUAAGGUGAAGAAGAUUUUGAAGGAGUUCAUCCCAAAGCUUUCACAUGAUGCAGAUGGCGUGAUCUUUCAGGGUAUGGACGAUCCUUAUGUUAUCAGAAAACAUGAACGCCUUGUGAAGUGGAAAUACCCGGAAAUGAACUCGGUUGAUUUUCUUUUCGAGGUAGGUGGUGAUGGUCGGCAACUGCUUUAUCUGUAUGCAUAUGGAGAAAAGCAACUAAUGAAAGGAGAGAGGGUUGCAUUUAAGGAUAGUUCGGAACACUACUCUUUUUAUUCGGGAAAAAUAAUAGAGUGUUUUCGGGAUUCUGAGAAAAAAGAAUGGGUCUACAUGCGGAGCAGGACAGAUAAAUCGACUCCAAAUGAUGUAGAGACCUACAAAAAGGUAAAGAAAAGCAUAGAGGACAAUAUCACGGAGGACGUCUUACUGAAGGAGAUAGAUAACAUCAUUCUUCUGCCUAUGUAUGUUGAGCAGCAUGCAAAUUCAGCACGGUUGAGAUGAUGAGCAAAAGCAGCGGUCAAUUUCUAUGUUAUUACCAGAGUUAUUUGGUUGUAACAUUCGGAUGAGUGAAAUUUUCUUGUAUAUUGUG